CGUAAAUACUUUUAAUAGUUUCGAGACAGUAACACGUGGUGCGUGCACUGAGCAGAAGAGAAGGUGGGUGAACAUGGCAACUGUAGAGGAAGCGAAAAGAUCAACCACAAGUAGAUCAACAAGUGACUCGGACGAAAACAACAGUGUUGACCAAAGAAACUCAGAAAAUAAGCUAGUUAAUCUGGACAAAAGCUAUCUGAAAACGGUAGAAGGAGUUCUUCGACUGCUGACCUCGAUUUUCUCACUUGUGGCGUUCAUCUGCGAAGAACAAAUUCCAGACUGCUGGAGAACAGAUACCACGUGCCUUAUGUCAGUUUUCAAGCAUUAUUCCACCUACCGAUAUUUCGGCAUUAUCACAUUACUGAUUUUCCUAUCAUCCCUGAGUCUUUUCUUCUUUCGAUUUACAAGGUUUUCUUUUUUAAAGAAAGUAACCCCUCUUUUCGGGCUGGUCACGCAUGGAAUUUAUCUGGGAGUCACAAGCGUCUUGCUGUUCUUCGCAGAUUUGUUCCUUUUUAUUCAGAUGAGUGGAUUCGUCGCCCACAGAUACGCAGCGAUAUUUGGUCUCUUUACUUUGGGAUCUCUGAUUCUACAGCUGGUGCAUGAAAUUAUGAAACUAAGUGCUAUAAAACAGGCUGCACAUGAUUCAGAUCAUGUUGAGAGUUCAGAGCAUGAGGAAUAUGAUCGGAUGAACGAAGCAUGGGCUCUUGACCAGCAAUCAGAAACACAAUCUAUUAAUGUACCCAAGUUGAGUUUCAUUCGUCCACGAUCCAGUUCAGUUGAUUUACAGACAGAUCAGGAUGCAAUCCCCAAUGAACAAAUGAUGCAAAUCAACUUAAAUACUCAUCAAAACACAGAUUAUGAGGACGUUUUCAUAAGUAAAGAAACAAAUGCUGAUAAUUCAAGCGAGGCCUCAAGCUCUGGUUCAUCACAGGAAGAAAAUGUUUGGGUUGUAACCAGAGAGUCGUAAUACAGGGGCUGCAGGAAAAUGUGAAAGAAACCAUAACAAGUAUAAAAUACUCAGUAACUACAGAUUUACUAGGUGGGGUGGGGGCUCAGUCAAGAGGUGGAAUGCUCUGGGGGGAAGGGCCUUGUGCUGAGAAACUUGUGUCUUAAUAAACUCAUUGUUCUAA